AUGGUGUUCAUUCAGAAAGUGAAGAGGUCGAUAAAGAUGCUGUUGGACUUGGGGAAAACGCUGUGUGUUUUGCACCUGUUCUUAUCUAUCCAGAUGAGCCAUCAAGCUGCCGUUUUGGACAUGAUGCCGGAUACAUUUGAUGACCAGUAUAUUGGCUGUGCAGAAUCAAUGGAGCUUGAAAUGCCAAAAAUACUAGAAGAAGAGCUGAAAUACAAUGAGUUUGCUGUAAUGUGGAAAAAUGCUAAGGAGAUAUGGAAGAAAAAAAGAUCAGUCCUUCUAAAUCAAUAUGACGACAAGUAUGGCAUAGCAGUUGUAUUGUACACAAUGUCAAAGCCAUAUCCCAUAAACAAACAGCUUAACGGAAAUGUCUCAAUUGCGGGAAAGUCUCGAGAUUUCUACAUGAAAAAUUUCCAUUUUAAAGCUCUUCACUUUUACCUGACCCGAGCCUUGCAGGUGCUGAGAACGGGCUGUGCCGGCGAGACUCAAGUCUACCGGGGGACAAAAAUUGGUGCUGUGGAUGUAGCUAAGAAAAUGCGUUUUGAUCGGUUUGCAUCUUCCUCUAAAAACAUGACCAUUGCUGAACGAUUUGGAAAGAACCCUUUUUUCAACAUAUCAACCUGCUAUGGUGUGGACAUUGAAGAUUUAUCAGUGUUUAAACAGAAAGAAAUCCUUAUUCCCAUUGGAGAAACAUUUAACUUGGCAAACCAGAUUAACGCCACAUAUGAGCUAGAGAGCACCGGCAAACUCUGCAGCUACUUCAACUGUGCUUACCUAGGAGGUGAGAAGAGAGACAGCCCCGUGUGCAAUGCUGGUUCAGCAGGAUUUCUGUAUUCUGGGCCCAGGACUCACUUCGUCAUCACCGGACUGAUUGUUAUACUUAAUCUAAAGUUUGGCAUCUUUUUCUGA